ACUAUUGAUUUCCUCCUUUUUCCUUAAUUUUGACUUUGUUACAUCCAUUCAGUCUUUUUCAUGCUGCCAAAGCUUAUGAGCAAGCUGGCAUGAUGUUGAAGGAGAUGCAGAAACUGCCAGAGGCUGUUCAGCUGAUUGAGAAAGCCAGCAUGAUGUACCUGGAAAAUGGCACCCCUGACACAGCGGCCAUGGCAUUGGAGCGAGCCGGAAAGCUUAUAGAAAAUGUAGAUCCAGAAAAGGCUGUACAAUUAUAUCAACAGACAGCUAAUGUGUUUGAGAAUGAGGAACGCUUACGACAGUCAGUUGAAUUACUGGGAAAAGCCUCCAGACUGCUGGUACGAGGACGCAGGUUUGAUGAGGCGGCACUCUCUAUUCAGAAAGAAAAAAAUAUUUAUAAGGAAAUUGAGAAUUAUCCAACUUGUUAUAAGAAAACAAUCGCUCAAGUCUUAGUUCAUCUCCACAGAAAUGACUACGUGGCUGCAGAAAGAUGUGUCCGGGAGAGCUACAGCAUACCAGGGUUCAACGGCAGUGAAGAUUGUGCUGCACUUGAACAGCUUCUUGAAGGAUAUGACCAGCAAGAUCAAGAUCAGGUGUCAGAGGUCUGCAACUCGCCACUUUUCAAGUACAUGGACAAUGAUUAUGCAAAGCUGGGCCUGAGUUUGGUGGUUCCGGGAGGCGGAAUCAAGAAGAAAUCACCUGCAACACCGCAGGCAAAGCCUGAUGGCGUCAUCACUACAGCUGCUGAUGAAGAGGAAGAUGAAUAUUCAGGAGGACUGUGCUAGUAUUUUGCUUGCAGAAAAGAAAGGGAAAAUCCUCAUGCCGUUUCAUGGAUUUGGGACUUGUUUAAGGUUAUCCAUACUUCCUUGCAGUUAUGAUUCUGAAUUCUUUUUUUUUUUUUUUUUUUUUUCCUUUUU